UGGUCAAGCUUCGCACGCGCUUGCGGCCUCGGACUCACACCAGCUGGACCCCCACUUCCACCUACCCUCACAACCUAAAUUCCCUGCGAUAUCGGUCGGAUAUGUCGAGCAAUAUGCUGCAUUCCAUGUCACCAACGACGCCAGGACUACCAGGCCUACCGCAUCCGUUCCAAAGCCCCAACAGCACACACACCCGAGGCUUCAAGCGCUCCGCAUCCAGCGACGACGAUGAAAACGGCGACGGCGAUACGCGGCCCUCGUCGUCGUCGCGGCGCAAUACCGCCGUGAAGCGCGCGUGCAAUGAGUGUCGCCAGCAGAAGUGUAACGUCCAGCAAGAUCCCUUCGUCAGUUGUGCGCGAUGUCAGAAGCAAAACCUGCGAUGCGUAAUCGAACCCAACUUCAAGCGCGUCGGAAAGCGUAAUAGAAAUGCCGAGAUGGAGAAGGAGAUGGAGUAUUUGCGCGAACGUCUCGCCAUGUACGAGGGCCAAUCCACGCCGAACCAGCCUGUCUUGAAUGCUCCACAGCAAGCGCCAGACAACCAUGGCUUCACUCCCGGCCCGGUCCCCAAAGUGGAAGACGAUGCAUUCCUACAGACACAGCAUACACAAGUGGCAGCGACGUCUCUACUAGACCUGCGCAGCGGUUCGCCUAUGAUCUUCGCGCUUGGUACAGGCGAAGUGCGCCUUGGUCAUGGGGAGGUUAAUGAGCUCUUCGCCGAGUACUUCCAGCUAUACCAUCCAUUCUUGCCAUUCCUAGACCAAGUGCGCUCGCCAGACGAAUAUUACUCGCAAGAUCACAAGUUGCUGUUCUGGGCAAUAAUUGCUGUCGCAGCUCGGCGCUAUGGGCCACGACCGUCUCUUCUUAAGGAUCUCUCCAAACCGCUGAGCGAUCUCAUCUGGGAUUCGAUUAGAAACCAGCCGAACCACCAUGUAGUCAAGGCGUUAUGUCUACUUUGUACCUGGCCACUUCCGGCGGAGCGGACGGUGACGGAUCCGACCUUCAUACUAUGCGGCGCCAUGAUGCAGGUUGCCAUGCAGAUUGGUUUGCAUCAGCCGACACACCCAGACGAUUUUUCUAGGACAAAGAUGCAGCUGCGGCGCGAGGAUAUACACGAUCGGUUGCGCACAUGGGCAGUGUGCAACAUUGUUGCUCAAACUGUGUCUACAGGAAACGGACAGCCUUCCAUAACGCUUUACGAUUCGACGCUAGAGUUCAAGGUGGAUGAUGAAGAGCACAUGCGCAUAAUACCACCAACGCUGUUUGUCCGCUUGCGCCAGGAAAUGGCGGCAAGCAGGAUCAAUAAGCUUCUAUACUCUUCCAACAGCCACCGCUUUGCGGAAGGUGCGGCGAUAAGCUACAUGAGCCUUGAAGCCGAUCGCCUGAAAGAAGAGCGCGUGAAGGAAGAGAAUAGCUCCCUUGACGGAGUGGACAGUGGCUUGGAAGAACUAUAUCACUAUGCAGUUGCACUACAUCUCCACCUAUACUCAUUCUUCAGUCCGGAACUUCGCCUCGAGCGACGAGACGAUCUUGUCGCACUAUACUUUGCUGCAACGGCCUACCUCGAGCGCGUAUUCAAACUGCAGCGUGAGGGAAGGCUACUCUAUGUUCCGUACUACGUCAUGCAAAUGGCUCUUGCAGCCGGAUUUGCUUUGCUGAAGCUCCUUAAUUCAGACUUCGCCAGCAAAUUGCCCGCAGACAAAGGUCGCCAGUUCGUACUACAAACUGUGGAUGCGCUGAGGAAGUCCAAAGUGUGGUCAAACGAUCUCCUGGAUCGAUUUGCCGAAGUUUUGGCGCAGCUAUGGAAGGAGAGUUCUCGUGGACGCAGCCUACACAGCCUCUCACAAUCACCGUCUCUCAGCAAUUCAGGGAUGAAUUCCAUGUUCAACCACCACAACCAGCAGCAGCAUCAGCAACAGAGCCAAAGACGAGGUAGUAUCGGUAUGCUAGAUGAUCCUCUUGGUCUCAUCAUUCGCAGUCGCAUGAGCAUGAGUGUGGUGUUCGAUUGCGCAUGGCGCUGGCGAGAGGCGCAGGUCAGCGGUGCUGCGGAACAACUCGAAAAUACGGUUAUGACGAACCCCACCAACCCAGACUCAUCUAGUAACUCUACACCACCCCCUGGCGUCGUUGAGAACCCAGCCCAUACCCUUCCGAACUUCAAUCCGCACGUCAACACUUUAAGUAUGCCUCUUCAGCUGACAAACGGCAUGGCUAGCGCGAACAGUUUCGAGAUGUUCGAUUCUGUAUCGUGGUUGUUGGAUACCCAGCCAGAUUGGACGUACGGUAGCGGUAAUUUUGGAAACGACUUUGGUGUCUAAACGGCUCAAAGUUGUCAGUUUCUGUCGGGUAAACCGCGAUCAUUUCAAUCUUCUUAGUGCUAUUGGGAUAGGCCAUUGUCCAGUUUGCAAUUUGCCGUU